CAGAGUCCACACAUCCAACUCACCACGAAUUACUCCAAUUUCUUGAUAUCCGAUUGACUAAACAGUGAUUAUCGAAUGGUUAAGGAUAACCACGGUAUUGUUUCCGGUUGUCAGUACCGGUGUGUCAAGACUUGUCACUCAAGAGGGCCGAGGAAAACAAUUAUUAGGAGGCAUUGGACAGGUUUUUCAAUGAAUCAUCCUGCGAAGAUUGGAAAGGAGGCCAAAUGGAAUUGAUAAGCUUGGCAGGCACAAGUUCCUUCUUUGGAUGGGGCAUCCUUCCAUUGCUAGCUGUUGGCUUGACUUAUUAUCAGUAUCAUAAUGCAGACCCUGAAUCACAUCCCCGGAAUGCGCAAGAGCUUCUGCGAAUGUACGACUUCAUCGUUGUAGGCGGUGGGAGUGCAGGAGCUGUGGUAGCAUCGCGAUUAUCAGAGAUAUCAAACUGGACAGUUUUGCUGCUGGAGGCCGGAGGCGACGAGAAUGAAAUAUCAGACGUGCCCGCUUUAGCCGGAUAUACUCAAUUGUCCGAUAUCGAUUGGAAAUACCAAACUGCACCGCCCAGUGCUUCUGCUUACUGUUUAGCCAUGAUUGGGGACAGGUGCAAUUGGCCGAGGGGAAAGGUCCUCGGUGGUAGCAGUGUUCUAAAUGCUAUGAUCUAUGUUCGAGGAAAUAGGCACGACUUUGAUCUGUGGGAGAGUCUGGGGAAUCCCGGCUGGAGUUACAGAGACGUUCUCCCGUAUUUUAUAAAAUCAGAAGACAACCGAAACCCGUACCUAGCGCGAAGUCCAUACCACGGUACCGGAGGUUUGCUAACGGUGCAAGAGGCGACCUGGAGAACACCCUUGUCCCUGGCGUUCAUCCAGGCAGGUAACGAGCUGGGCUACCCAAAUCGAGACAUAAACGGUGUAAACCAGACGGGUUUCAUGCUGUCGCAAUUGACAGUGAGACGAGGCAGCCGUUGUUCCACAGCAAAAGCCUUCCUCCGUCCUGUUCGAAACCGUAAGAACCUGCACAUCGCUAUGUUCGCUCAAGCAACGAAAAUCCUAUUCAACGACGACAAGCGAGCAAUUGGUGUUGAAUUCAUGAGGAACGGAAGAAAACAAGUGGCCCACGUCCGACGAGAAGUGGUCCUAUCAUCAGGCUCCAUUGGAUCCCCUCAGUUGUUGAUGCUCUCAGGUGUCGGUCCCAAAGAGCAUCUGCAGGAAUUCGACAUUCCAGUUCUAUCAGACCUACGAGUCGGCGACAAUCUGCAGGACCACGUCGGCCUGGGAGGCCUCACAUUCCUCAUCGACGAGCCCGUCACCUUCAAAAAAUCCAGAUUCCAGACAUUCCCCGUCGCCAUGGAGUACAUAAUCAAUGAGAGAGGACCCAUGACGACUUCGGGAGUCGAGGGAUUGGCAUUCGUCAACUCAAAAUACGCCAACACCAAUAUCGACUGGCCAGACGUGCAGUUUCACUUCUCACCGAGUUCCAUAAGCUCCGACGAUGGUGACAUCAUCAGACGAAUCACUGGCCUGCGGGACAGUGUCUACAACACGAUGUACAAGCCCCUCAUUAAGUCUGAGGCUUGGUCGAUACUUCCACUGCUGCUCAGGCCAAAGAGCUCUGGCUGGAUCAGGCUAAAAAGCAAAGAUCCAUUCGUCUAUCCUGAUAUCAAUCCCAACUACUUUACUCAUAAGGAGGAUAUGGACGUUCUCGUGGAUGCCAUCAGGAUCGCUAUGGAAGUGUCCAAUACUACUGCCUUUCAGAGAUUUGGAUCUCGACCUCUAACCAUUCCUAUGCCUGGUUGUCACAAGUUUCAGUUUGAUACAUACGAUUACUGGGAAUGCGCCAUACGACAUUUUACAUUCACCAUUUAUCAUCCCACUGGGACCUGCAAGAUGGGUCCAGAGAGGGAUCCAACUGCUGUAGUGGACACUCGACUCAGGGUCCAUGGGAUUAAAGGACUCAGGGUCGCCGACGCAUCUAUCAUGCCAACAAUCGUUAAUGGCAAUCCUAAUGCCGCUGUUAUCAUGAUCGGAGAGAAGGCCAGUGAUAUGAUCAAGGAGGACUGGCUUCGAAGAAGACGUCAGCCGGGGAGAUGACUGUAGUUGAGGUGUUGAUAGUAGGUACUAGAUUGGUUUUCUCAGGGUGAAUCGGUGGAGAGUGGGGUUUUGUAUUUUUGGUGGAGAGUGGAAAGUCUUCGUUUUGUAUUUUUUAAUUUUUUUUACUAUGUGUUUUUAAUGGUUACGCGAAUUGUUGAAUGUUUAUAAUAAAUGUUAUUUAUUUAAAGAA